AUGAGAAUGUCCUUGGCCCAGAGAGUGCUCCUCACCUGGCUGUUUAGUUUGCUUUUCCUCAUCAUGGUGGUGCUGAAACUGGAUGAAAAAGCUCCAUGGAACUGGUUUAUUAUCUUCAUCCCCAUCUGGAUAUUUGACACCAUUCUACUUGUGAUGCUGAUUGUGAAAAUGGCUGGACGAUGUAAAUCAGGGUAUGAUCCCAGGAACGGCGCUCAAAACAUGAAGAAAAAAUCCUGGUAUCUCACAGCCAUGCUACUGAAGUUGGCAUUUUGCCUUGCUCUCUGUGCCAUGCUGGAGCAAUUCACCAGUAUGUAUUUAUGCUUUGUGUUUAUUCCAUUAUGGCUCCUACUGAUCGGAGGACUGAUUGAACUGGGAAUAAAUGUAUUUUGCGUCAGACGAGAUCAGUAA